AAGAUAUCGACUGCGAAGCCCACUUCCGGGAAAAUUAUUUGCGAUUGUCAUCAGGCGAAUACUCAGUUCGUCUUCCCAUGAAGCGUGGUGUGGAGGCCCUUGGAGACUCCUAUUUGCAAGCUCGUCAACGCUUCGAAAGUCUUGAACGAAAAUUCGCUCGUAACCCUGAGCUUAAAACAGAAUAUAGUAAGUUCAUAAAGGAAUAUCUGGACCUUAAUCACAUGUCGCUAGUUACCAAAGAGGUUUUUCAACAAUGCAGGUAUUUUCUGCCGCAUCAUUGCGUCAUCAAGGAUGACAGUAGCACAACAAAGCUGAGAGUGGUUUUUGAUGGCUCUGCAUCCACUACUUCGGGCUUUUCGCUGAACGACCUACUCAUGGCAGGCCCAACUAUUCAGCCGAAACUUUUUAAUAUCCUUAUUAGAUUUCGUACUUUUCCCAUAGCACUUACUGGGGACAUCUGUAAGAUGUAUAGGUGUGUUCGCGUCACCCCACCAGAUAGCAUGCUCCAAUGCAUAUUGUGGCGUGAAUCUCCUCAGGAAAACUUUGCCAUCUAUAAGUUAGACACGCUGACUUAUGGAACUAAGCCUGCGUCAUUUCUGGCCAUACGUGCCAUGCACCAACUCGCAGCUGACGAAUCCUCGACUUACCCCAUUGGUGCAGAAAUAGUGCGUCGAGACUUCUACGUAGAUGACUUGAUAUCUGGAGGCGAUUCGAUGGAAGAAGUACUGAAUAUCAAGCUACAAACAACUAGCCUCCUUGCUCGAGGAAACUUUAAGUUACGCAAGUGGUGCUCUAAUAGUCCAGAUAUCCUUCGUGAUAUACCUGACGUAGACAAGGAACGUUUCCUUAAGUUUGACGAUGGCAGUGACAUCACCAAAGCUCUGGGACUAGUUUGGGAUCCGGUCAAGGACAAGCUGCUAUUUUUGUUUGUGCCACAACGAGAACUCGGUAAAAACUCAAAACGCUCUGCGUUGUCUACUCUAGCUCGCUGUUACGAUCCCCUUGGACUAAUGGGCCCUACGCUGACCAAGGCGAAGAUUCUUCUGCAACGCAUGUGGAGAGACAAGCUUGAGUGGGAUGAGAGUCUACCGCAAUCGUUAAACACCGCCUGGUCUGCCUUUUGCAGAGGGUUUGCAGACAUACAGCACCUAUCAUUUCCUCGUUACGUCUUGCAACCUGGGGCCAUUACAGAAAUUCAUGCAUUUUGCGAUGCAAGCCUUGAAGCUUAUGGGGCUUGCGUUUAUACGCGUUCAGCCAAGGAUAGUAAGGUACAAGUGCACCUGUUGUGUUCGAAGGCCCGUGUCGCUCCACUGAAGACUAUCACCGUGCCCAAGCUGGAACUCUGUGCAGCAACACUGCUGGCACAACUCAUGGAUUCCUCCACUGUCCUCUCGUGGCUGCGAGAAGAACCAUCGAAAUUUAACGUAUUUGUCGCUAACCGAAUUUCCACCAUACAUCAAUUAACGGAGGGCAUGCGGUGGCACUAUGUUCCGACAGCAAUGAAUCCGGCGGACAUUUUAUCCAAAGGAGCUACCCCGCAGGAACUUCUAGGAUCUUCACUUUGGAUGCACGGCCCGUCAUUUUUGCGAGAAGUGGAGGGCAGCUGGCCGCGCAUGUGUCUACCACAACCAAAACUUCCAGAACUUCGACAAAAGGUGUUGCUUGCCGCACAUAACCGCAAUGACAUUUCGCUUUCGUUCAAGUACAUUAAUUCAUUUGGAACAAUGCAGCGCAUUUUUGGGUACGUCAGCAAAUUUGUCAAUAUUACAACAUCGCCAAGCUCUUCGCAGCUCACAGCCGCAGAUAUUCACCAUGGAACUCAACUGCUUAUUCGCUUAGUACAAAGAGCGCAACUUUGGCCGGAGUACACGGCAUUACAGGCCAAUAAUUGCGUCCCGAGUUCGAGCAGCAUUGUUUCGCUAUCACCAUUUCUUGAUGACUUUGGAAUUAUUAGAGUCGGCGGGCGAAUAAAAAACUCUAUGCUUAGUUUUGAAUCGCGCCACCCAUGCAUUAUUCCGAAGGAUCAUCCACUGACAUUUAGUAUAAUAACCUUUUUUCAUCGCAAACAACAUCACGCAGGUCCUCAAGCUUUACUCGCCUUCAUUCGAAUGCAGUUUUGGCCCAUAGGUGGUCGGAAAACAGUCACUCGAGUCCUACAAAAAUGCAUUAUUUGCUGCAAAUCGAGACCGCGCCUUGUCGAGCACAUAAUGGCCGACCUGCCUAAAGAGCGAAUUCAGGCCUCGCGCCCAUUCAUAGUCACCGGUGUGGACUACUGUGGGCCAUUUUAUUACAAGCCUGAAGUACGCAAUAAAUCGCCCCACAAAUGUUAUGUAAGCGUUUUAAUUUGCUUCGCCACAAAGGCUGUAUAGAUGGAGUUGGUAAGAGACCUCUCAACAGGUGCUUUCAUUGACGCGCUAAAACGAUUCAUCGCUACGCGUGGCAUACCCAGCUGCAUCUGGUCUGACAAUGCGACGAAUUUUGUAGGCGCCAAGAACGAGCUUAAAGAACUACGGAACUUAGCCCUCAGCGAGAAACA